UUCCAUUAUACGUGUCAGAAACGGUUUCCCCUUUUUCGCAAUGUUUUCUUGCUGCUCGCCGGAGUCCAGAAUUCCCUGCCACUGUCAGUGUUUUCACGACUUCGUUCAAUCGCCGACUCAUUUCUAAUUUCCCAUCCAAAUUCGAGAACGACCUAUGUGCUCGAAACCCUAAUUUCUAUAUAAUCAAACCAUUGGGUUCAGCUCAAUUAGCAGAACAAGACCCCAUCAAGACGACUGCAUUAAUGGAGCAUCACUCAUAUCACAACCCCUUCGAACGGCGGAAUUUCAUCAAGUCUAAAACUCCCACUGUUAAGUGGUUCAAAGAAUGGGUACCACAAGAUGUCGUGUCAACAGGUGGCAAAUGCUUUGUUAUGAAAUGGGUCACAGAGUCUCAAUUAAACGCCAUGAAUGAAGAAAAGUCAAAAGAGAUGGAGGCUGUAGAACCUGAACCUGAACCAACAACUGAAGUUCUUUUUCUUUGCAGUUAUGAAGGCUGUGGAAAAACUUUCAUUGAUGCUGGAGCUUUAAGGAAGCAUUCCCACAUUCAUGGAGAGAGACAAUAUAUUUGCCAUUAUGAAAACUGUGGAAAGAAAUUUUUGGACAGCUCAAAGUUAAAGAGACAUUAUCUAAUUCAUACAGGGGAAAGAAAUUUUGUUUGUCCUCAUGAAGGUUGUGGUAAGGCAUUCUCGUUGGAUUUUAACCUGAGGUCACAUAUGAAAACUCAUUCACAAGAGAAUUAUCAUAUUUGUCCAUACUCUGAAUGUGGAAAGAGAUAUGCUCAUGAAUACAAGCUAAAGAAUCACAUUAUGUCUCACCAUGAAAAGCAAAACAACAAUCACAUGAUGAUUGAAGCUCCAUUGAAGUACGUUCAUAUACAACAACCCGUAGAAAAACCACCUCCAAAACCCACAAAAUCUUACACAUCUGCAUCAUCUGAUCGUCCGUAUGCAUGUCCAUAUGAAGGAUGUGAGAAAGCAUACAUCCAUGAAUACAAACUAAAUCUUCAUUUAAGAAGAGAACACCCGGGUCAUUUCCAAGAAGAAAAUCCAAAAAACACGGAUCAUGAUCAUGAAAUGGAUGCGGGUAGUGACCAAGAUGGGCAUAAUACGGGUAAACGGGUUAACCCAAAAUCCCAUAAACAAAACCGACCCAAACCGGUCGUAAAGCACCCACCGGCUAAAGUGGUGCACCACAAGGCUCCAAUGGCUGGAAAUGUAAUGAAGAAGCAACCAUGGCCGAUUGUUAAGGGUGUUUAUGAGGAAGAAGAUAGUGAAGAAACUGAAGAAGAUCGUGAUAAUGGUGAGGAUCGAUGGGGUUAUGGUGAUCGUAAUGGUGAAGAUGAUGAUGAAGAGACGGAGUAUGAAGACUAAGCAUGUUUAGUUUCAAGAUUUUGUAUU